AUGGCACAGGUCACAGGCAACACUGAGCACGUGGUCAGUAAUCAGGUACAUAAAGCCAGCCAUAACGGCUGUGGAGCCGCAGUAACUGAAGUUCGAAGCCAAUGGAUGCAGUUCGGUGAAGUGCCCAGUCGUAUCGUAUCCAUUCUCGAUCCCGAAAAGUCGUGUACUUCAAUGGAGACGUCGCAACUACGGCCUAAUAACCGCCAGCAUAUCUGA